GGCCGUCACUUUACAUUGUUUUCUCCUUCGUCUUCCUCUUCCUUAGACUUCAGUUCAAUCACACACCUCUCUAUAGACAAAUCAAAACCAUGGGUCACACUCUCGGUCUCACUCAACCCAACUCCACUGAGCCUCACAAGAUCUCGUUCGCUGCGAAGGAGAUCGAUGUGAUUGCAUGGAAAGGAGAUAUACUCGUUGUUGGUGUGACGGAUAAAGAUUUGAGCAAAGAUGGUAACUCGAAGUUUGAGAAUCCGAUCUUGAACAAGCUCGAUGGUCACUUGAGUGGACUCUUAGCUCAAGUCUCGUCCGAGGAGGAUUUCACUGGUAAACCUGGUCAAUCAACUGUUCUUAGGCUUCCGGGUCUUGGAGCAAAGCGAAUUGGUUUGAUCGGUCUUGGACAAUCUGUUUCAUCUCCAUUGGCUUUUCAUAGCCUUGGUGAUGGUGUAGCUACGGUUUCGAAAGCUUCUCAAUCUAGUAGCGCUGCAAUUGUGCUUGCUUCAAGUGUUUCUGAUGAAUCUAAGCUUAGUUCUGCAUCAGCUUUAGCUUCAGGCAUAGUGCUUGGUUUGUUUGAAGAUAGUAGGUAUAAGUCUGAAUCAAAGAAAGCAUCUUUGAAGUCUGUUGAUAUCAUUGGAUUUGGAACUGGUCCUGAGGUAGAAAAGAAGCUCAAGUAUGCUCAAGAUGUUUCUUACGGUGUGAUUUUCGGGAGAGAACUCACUAAUUCUCCUGCCAAUGUGCUUACUCCUGCUGUACUAGCUGAGGAGGCAGCCAAAGUGGCUUCUACGUACAGUGAUGUCUUCACUGCAAACAUACUGAACGAGGAGCAAUGCAAAGAAUUGAAGAUGGGUUCUUAUCUAGCUGUUGCGGCUGCCUCGGCUAACCCCCCUCAUUUCAUCCACCUUAUCUAUAAACCUGCCAGUGGCUCUGUUAAGACGAAACUUGCUCUUGUUGGAAAAGGAUUGACCUUUGACAGUGGUGGCUACAACAUUAAGACUGGACCUGGCUGCUUAAUUGAGCUCAUGAAAUUCGACAUGGGUGGUUCAGCUGCUGUUCUUGGUGCUGCGAAAGCUAUUGGUCAGAUUAAGCCUCCUGGUGUUGAGGUUCAUUUCAUCGUUGCAGCCUGUGAGAAUAUGAUUAGUGGAACCGGAAUGAGACCUGGAGAUGUCAUCACAGCCUCAAACGGAAAGACCAUUGAGGUCAACAACACAGAUGCUGAAGGUCGUCUAACACUUGCAGAUGCUCUAGUGUAUGCUUGUAACCAGGGCGUUGACAAGAUUGUUGACCUUGCUACAUUGACCGGGGCCUGUGUUAUUGCUCUUGGACCAUCAAUGGCAGGUAUCUAUACCCCUAGCGACGAGCUUGCAAAGGAAGUGAUAUCUGCAUCAGAGAGGAGUGGAGAGAAGCUGUGGAGGAUGCCAUUGGAAGAGAGCUAUUGGGAGAUGAUGAAGUCUGGAGUGGCUGAUAUGGUCAACACAGGGGGGCGUGCAGGAGGUUCCAUCACCGCAGCUCUCUUCUUGAAACAGGUGAAAACCAAGUCUUUUUAAAGACUAUACAUCACA